UUACAGAAGAGUUUGAGGAAGGGUUGGACAACUGGCCAGUCCCUUUCUCUCUUCCUUCUUUUAUUUGCUUUUAAAGCUAGGCAAGAGGAUCACCAGGCCAUGCCCAGCCAAGGUGCCCCCAACACAAGGUCUGUUCUAUUUUACUUGGUCUGCAGGUUUCCAGGUCCGUUUCAAAGAAAUUGGACAGCCAAGUGUGUGCACCAGGCGAGGAGAACACCUUAAGCUACAGGGAUCACGGCUCCAAAUUAUGGAGUUUCUUAUUGAAAAUCCUCCUCCUUUUUCCACCCUUUCACUUUCACAACUUCAGCCUCGCCCCUGAGCAUGUACCUAUUUCCAUCAUGUUGACCCACAGACAUGAGAACCUUCCUCACUGACAUCACUUCAGGAUACAUUUCCCUGAUUAAAUCAGGAUCCGGGUGCUUAAGUAUUUCAUGCAAGCUUGUGAGACUUCAUGGCAGUUUUGGUUUCUCUUAGCGAUUGGCUGACAUCAGCGAACGAGGCACAACAAAGCCAGUCCAGAGGAGGAUUUUUCCUAGAGAUCUCUCAGCUGAGGGUGAGCAGGUAAGGAUUAGGUAAUUGGGUAAACCACCCUGAGGCUCACAUCCUAGUGGAGGUGACAAGGAAGUGAGGGUCUCUUCUGAUUUCAGACCCAGGGCCUGCAUUUCAGAAACAGGUAAAGACUAAUUCUGCAUCCACAGAGACCUUCCUUAAGAGUAACCUUUCCUACCAGCUCCAUAUGUAGGAGGCAGGAGCUGGGCAUGGUCCAGAAGCAACACUCUGAAUGGGACAGGAUAAGAAAUGUUUGUGUUUUAACCUGUGUGUGUUUCGUAUCUCUGAUCCAGACAGGUUUUUUCCUGAACUGUGAACCUGAAGCCACCAAAUGGUUCCUGAUGCAGGGUCUCCUUCAGAGCCAGAAUGGAUACGGCAUGGUGCACAGCCAGUGUGGACAGGAACACUGGAUGUCAUUAGAGUAAAUGUAGCUUGAGAUAUAUUGAUAGUGCAGAGCUGGGGAAUAGAUCCUUUCCUUGGCAUUCACAGGGAUAAAGACACACCAUAAGUAGAAGAGACGCAGGAGGAAGGAGAAGUGAGAAGUGCAGAUUCGUGAAGGGGAAGGGGCUCUCCAAGGUGCUAUGUUCAAACCAACCUAAUGAUAAGAUCUUGUAGUCCCUUUUCAUCUAGCGGACCUCACACUCGCUGGCUACAGCUCCAAGAAGGCAGCAGAGGCUCCAGAGAAGAGCGGCAGGACCCCUCAGUGCCUGGGCAUAAAGCGGAUCAUGACACCCCCAAAGGGUCUCUGAGCAUCUGCCCAGCAGCACUCCAUCCCCCAGGGCAAGAUGGACAGGCUGAGGCGGAUGUUGAAGAACAGGACAACGAAGGUGUCCCCAGGGGAGGAGGACAGCAGAAGGAGGCCCGGGCCAAAGGAGGAGGGGAGGCCUGGUGGUGCAGAGGAGGUGAAAUUCAAGACCGGGUGGUGGACAUGCCUGCUCUGCUGGAGCUGGAAACCUGUAGCUCCCAGAACAAAGACCGUGGAGGGAGAGGAGCCCUCUAUGAAACCAAGGAGGUGGCCCCAGCUCCGGCUGGGCCGGCAAGACCCAUCACAGGAAGACUACCAGGCAGGACUACCAUGUAGCUCCCCUCCCAGGGCACCCAGCCACCAGGAGCUGUGCCCUGAAAUCAUGCCGGAGGAGGCAGCCCCCUGCACUGUCAUGGAGGGGGACCCAGCUUCCCUGGGGCAGGAGGUCAGCAAGCCCUGCCCAAGCCCCAGCCUCAGCUCCAGCUCCAGCUCCUCCCGGGGAGACCUUGACAGCUCUGUGGAGUCCAGGAGCAACCUGCCCCAUGGCACCACCAUGAAAGUGAUUCCCUACCAGCCAGACAAGGAGAUGGAGGAAGGGCACAAGGGUGAAGACCUGAUGCUGCUGGAGGAAGAAGCCCUCACAGAAAUCAUACUUCACCUCCAGGGCCAAGAAAAGGUAGGAAACUUCCCCAGGGGAGCUCGCACACAGCCUACCCUUGACUCCCACCUUCCAGCCUUUGGGGGCAGCCAUGCCACAUGA